AUGACGAUUAAGGGUGUCGAAAAACAUCUCAUAAAAACAUCGAAGCUUAUCAUUAACAUUAGCACAGCAAAAAACUCGAUCAAAAGCACAAUCGUCAACCGUGGCGUAGGAGUUGGGUACGGUAGAGACAGUGGCAAUAGUAGUGGCAUCGGAGAUGGCAGCAGCAGGAACGAAAGCGGUGGUAACGGAGGGGCUGAUGACAGAAGCAACAGCGGCUGCGGUAGCGGUGGCGGUGGUUGCGGUGGCGGUAGUAGCGGUGGCGGUGGUAGCGGUGGCGGUAGUAGCGGUGGCGGUGGCGACGGACGCAGCGGUGGUGGCGAUGACGGGGUUAGCGGUGACAGAGGCCAUUCCAACUGCAUGGUUAAGGUCAUCACUAUUCAAGGUAGCAUCGAGCUCCGCUUCAACAUCAGCCAUUGUAUUGUUAGCAGCAUUGGAACGAAGUGA